GCGGUGGCAGCUCGCGCGGUGUGACAGUGGCAAGCCCAGGCUUCCCGGGCGGGAGGCACAGGGAAGGGCAGAUCUGGUUCUGGUUCAAGCCCUUUCACACUCACUCCACCACCCCGCUGCUCAGUUUAGCCAAGUUUUCAUUUUUCACCUUCUCCACCUUCAGCUGUCUAAGGCCACCACUGUCUGAUCCCACUUAGGGUCUUAAGGGCUCGGACUGCUGGAAACUUCGAGAGGUGGUUUUUUUCUUUUUGUUUGUUUGUUUGGUUUGUUUUUUUAUCUUUUUAAAAGUCUCAUUUUGGGGAAGGGGGUGCUGUGGGGAAGGAUGCGAAACUCAGUUCCUCUGCUCUGCCUCUGGAGUUUCUAUUGCUGUUUUGCGGCGGAAGGCCCCGCACUCCCUGGUCCAGAGGGAAGGUUGCAAGAUGAGCCCCACAAACCCAGUGAUGUGCCAGCUGCUGCCACCCCCCCUGUGAGAUUUAACCUCCGAACCUCUGAGGACCCAGAGCAUGAAGGCUGCUACCUUUCCCUUGGCCACAACCAGCUCUUAGAAGACUGUGGCUUCAAUGCAACAGCCAAAACCUUCUUCAUCAUUCAUGGAUGGACGAUGAGUGGCAUGUUUGAAAAUUGGCUGUACAAACUCGUGUCAGCCCUGCAGACAAGAGAGAAAGGAGCCAAUGUUGUGGUGGUGGACUGGCUCCCGCUGGCUCAUCAGCUUUAUGUAGAUGCGGUCAAUAACACGAGGAAAGUGGGACACAGCGUCGCAAGGAUGCUCGACUGGCUGCAGCAGGGGAAGGAGGAUUUUUCUCUCGGGAAUGUGCACUUGAUCGGCUACAGCCUGGGCGCUCACGUGGCUGGGUACGCUGGCAACUUCGUGAAAGGCAUGGUGGGCAGAAUCACGGGUCUGGAUCCUGCUGGGCCCAUGUUUGAAGGGGUGGACAUCCACAAGAGGCUGUCCCCUGAUGACGCGGACUUUGUGGACGUCCUGCACACCUACACGCGCUCCUUUGGCUUGAGCAUCGGGAUUCAGAUGCCUGUGGGUCACAUCGACAUCUACCCCAAUGGGGGCGACUUCCAGCCGGGCUGUGGACUCAACGACAUCUUGGGGUCAAUUGCAUAUGGAACAAUCACAGAGGUGAUGAAGUGUGAGCAUGAGCGGGCAGUGCAUCUCUUUGUUGAUUCCCUGGUGAAUCAGGACAAGCCAAGCUUCGCGUUCCAGUGCACGGACUCUAACCGCUUCAAAAAGGGGAUCUGUCUCAGUUGCCGGAAGAACCGUUGUAAUAGUAUUGGCUACAAUGCCAAGAGAACAAGGAAUAAGAGGAACAGCAAAAUGUACCUGAAAACCCGGGCGGGCAUGCCUUUCAAAGUUUACCAUUAUCAGAUGAAAAUCCAUGUCUUCAGUUAUAAGAACAUGGGAGAAAUCGAGCCCACCUUCUACGUCACCCUUUACGGCACCAAUGCAGACUCCCAGAUUCUGCCUUUGGAAAUUGUGGAGCAGAUCGGGCUGAAUGCCACCAACACCUUCCUGGUCUAUACCGAGGAGGACUUGGGAGACCUCCUGAAGAUCAAACUCACCUGGGAGGGGACAUCUCAGUCCUGGUUCAGCCUGUGGAAGGAGCUCCGCAGCUAUCUGUCUCAACCCCGCAGCUCUGAGCGCGAGCUGAAUAUCAGGCGCAUCCGGGUCAAGUCCGGAGAAACCCAGCGGAAAUUGACUUUUUGUGUCGAAGAUCCUGAGAACACCCGCAUAGCCCCUGGCCAAGAGCUCUGGUUUCGCAAGUGUCGGGAUGGCUGGAGAAUGAAAAAUGAAACCAGUCCAACUGUGGAGCAUCCUUGAGCGAGUCAGAAAGUGCCCCCACCUUCCAAGCACAUGGAGGAACGUUACUGCUGAGGACCCACUGAUGGAAGGACCCUUCUCGGCCUUGACCCUGGAGCAGUGGGAGGAGCCUGCUUGCUGGGUCCUGGCCCUUGCCUCCCAUGAUGGCUGGGACUACUUGCCAGAAGGGACUAUGCACUGCUAUUUUCCUGCUGUUCUUGCUGCUGCUCUCGGGAUAGCGCUGACCCCAGAUCUGGGUGCAAACGGCUGAAUGCCCCUAGCCUCUGUGUACACUGGGCUGGUUUCUCAGUGACUGGCUGAGCCUGUGCUUCACCUGCCAAGGAACACAGGCUCUGGAGUGGCUCCACGUGCCUGACCUGACCUGAAGGUAUAGGGAGGUCUUCCUGCUGGGAGCUGAUUCAUGUCAGGGUGGCAGGUCUGGGCCCUUGUUCACCUGGAGAGAGGAGAGUAGAUCGGGAGAGGUGAUGAGGCCCACACUGCUGGGGUUCAAUGGGUAACUGGUAAAAGGUACCCAUUACCUAUUGGAUAUUCCGUCCUGCUCUCCAGCUCCCUCUCUAAAGCACACAUCGUUGGCCUUCAUAUUUUUCUGUCGCUCCUUUUUUGACUGGGCAAAUAUUUAUUAAGCACCUAAACUUAAUUAGCACAUGGCAAUAGACACCUUAGUAAAUCUCUCCAAGCCAUCUUCUCACUUGAAACCUAGUGGGAUGGGGAUGUCUAGACUCUUUAAGUUGAGAUGAUCCAUGAAUAUGCAUGUGAUGAAAGGCACUCUUGGCACUUGGAAGGCUACAGGAUGUAAGAAUUGGGGACCCUGAAGCUUUAAGUGGUUUCUACCUAUUUCUUCUUCUUUUUUGGCCAUACUCACAGCAUGUGGAAGUUCCCAGACCCGGGAUAGAACCCUCGCCACAGUAGUGAUCUGAACCACAGCAGUGACAGCACCAGAUCCUUAACCUGCUGAGCCAUCAGGGAACUCCUCUAUUUCUCCUUAAUUAACAUGCAUUCCUCUUAAGAGUGAUCACCAGCAAAAUGGCAAGCACAGUAUCAUACAUGUGACCAAUUGCUGAAUACGAUUGCUCCAGAGCAAAAUCUCUUCCAUGUAGGAAGAUGGAAGGUAGAAUGUAUGUUAUACAUAUCUGUUUGUACAGAAACUAGCACCUGUCACACACAGCUGGUACCAAGAGUUAAUUAACGCCAUACCUUUUCCUUCUUGAAAUAUCUUUCUCUAAGACCAGUGCCUUUUCUGUGCUGAACUUCUUCAGAAAACCUCCAAUUCUAGAUGUCGAUUUGAAUUCAUAGACGUGAUAUCCGAGAAACUGUUUUGUAAUUCUCAAAAGAUUUGAACAUGCAUCACUUAAUUAAAGAGUCACACCAGGAAGUGAGCAGGGCAGCUACUAUUCUCUCUAUUUAAAAAACCAAGCCUUAGUGAUAUUCAGCCACGUGCCUGGAAUUAUACACCAAGUCGGUAGAGCCAGAUGAGGACCCCAGGCUUCCUAGAGGCCAUGCCCAUUGCAUGCCGAUCUGUGCAACCUCAUCAAGACCCCUACAGCCAUUUCCCACCAGUAGGCCCCAGAUAGAACAAAAAAGGAAUUUUCUUUUUCAGAGCCAUCUAGAAAACCCUAAACCCUCUUAUUAAGAGAAAACUGGGAGAACAAAUGUGCAAGGGGUUGGGAUUUUAUGGAUGUGAUCUAUUUGGAAGGAGCUGUAAUGUCAGGUGGUAGCAGGGAGGGGACAUUGUAUUUGGGUUUUUAAGUUUUUAAAGGACAUUGUUUUAAUCUGUAUUGUGCCAAAGUUGUGUCAUUGUUCAAUGCCAAACCUCUGAAUGCAUAACCUGUCAAAUACCUUAAUUCAAGGUAUUUUCUCUGUCCAUUUCUGUGCUUUUUCUGUGGCUUCUGUGAUUUUCUUUCUAGCCAAAGGAGAGCUUGUAUUACUGACUGUGCAUCUUGGUUGCUUUCUGCUUCUGAUUUUAGUAAAGGAAGCCUUAGAAAUUGAA